UCCAGUCCGCCGCAGUUACUCGGAGCGGCCGCAUGACAGUCCGCGCUCGGUGCUCGCUGAGGAACGUGUCUGGAAGACUGUAGAGUAGAGGUGUAGCGGCUAGUGUGAAGUUACGUAGGAGUAGCGCGAGCAGUGGUCGGCCGUGUGGGAGAGCGAGGCGGCAGCUGUGUGCUCAGUGUUGGCUGAGGAGUUGUGUGGUGUCGCGGGGCGCGCUUCCCCCCUGCGCCUCUCAUUUCCAUAUGGGCGCCCCCCCCACGGGGAGGUGGCGGUGGUGGGCCAGCCCGCGCAUACUCGCCGCCACAUUUACCUACUAAUUCUCGCCGAGGCGUCAUUACUAUGUGCAGACGGUGGGUGGCGGCCGCGGAGGUGCCACGCCAGUGAUACUUGUGCAUGUGGAGUGGUGGUUGUUGCCGCACAGUGUGGUGCUGUGGCGCAUGGUGCUAGUGACGGGCCAGGCACGUGCAGCCUACCCAGUGGCACGGCCGGGCACGGGGGCGAGGCCACGCACAUACCAUCAGAACAAGAGAAGACAAGACGCGAGACAGGAACUUUGUGAGAGGGGCGUGCACUCACGUACCCAGCCCAGCCUCGGCUUGAGUAUGAGGCACGGCCAGGCCAGGGACGAUGUGGACCACAGAUGGUGCGUGGAGGUUGAGGGCUGUGACUAGCGGAGGCGCCGUGUCCGUGCCGCCAUGCCCGGAGAGGAGCUGGGAGAGCCGCCUCUGAAGGGAUGCCCCCCGGCCCCCCCACACCCUCCCACUGAACCUCAAGAAGCCCCUAGCCAGACGCAGCAGCAAGACCCUCCGACUAUGAGUCCUGAGGACGCCCCCUCUACCUCCCCCCUGGCGGGCGAGGAAGGCCCAGGGCCCCUGCCGCAACAGGGCCCCAACGCCACCUCCUCGUCGUCGUCGGCGUCGUCCGCGUCGCCGCCAGCGACAUUCAACUUGACGUGCAUGACGUGCCACACGCAUUUCACGUCGGCGGAGCAGUACACGCGGCACCAUUGCGUCGCGUCGGGAGCCGCGCAGGACGCGAUGAACGAGUCGUCGAGUGACGUGGAAAAGUUCGACGGGAAGAUCGUGUACAACCCCGACGGGUCGGCCUACAUCAUCGACUCGGAGAUGAGCGACGACGACGGCGUGGCGGGGCUGGAGCUGCCGCAGCACGAGGGCUCCAUCGUGGACUCCCCGCGGCACCCGCUCUCCUCCACCGCCGCCCCCACCAUCCCCACCAUCGCGAACGCCAUAUACGUCACGAAGAACCCCGCCUUCUAUACCGCCCUUUACGGUCAAACCUUCACCUCGCUAAUCCAGGAAAACAAAGUUCCUGACGUUCCCAUUGUUCACAACUACAGGGUCUUUACCGUUGGUGAUAAAGACAGUGAAAAUGAAUGUAAAGACAGUGAUAACAAAAAUGAUAGUUCCAGUGAGAAAACAAAACUUCCAUUAUUAGACUACUCGCAAGUUCCAAUUAAACCUAUAUUGAUGUGUUUUGUAUGUAAGUUGUCUUUUGGAUAUGUUAAAUCUUUUAUUGCCCAUGCGAUGGGCGACCAUAGUGUAGUGCUACUGGAUGAGGAAAGGGACCUUUUGGCGUCAAAGAACGCUUCGGCCAUCAUCCAGUGUGCGGGCCGGGAGAAGGAGCCGCGAGUGUCGUUCCUAGAGCCAGUGACGCCCCCUAGUGCUAGCAGCAGCAGCAGUAACAACUGCGGCAGCAGCAGCCAGCACGGGGACUCCCUGGCCACCCUGCUGCCCUCCGGGGCUCCCAGCGGCCCUUCCCCCAGCCCGCAGCCCGCCAAGGCCGCACACAACAACGACGACCACCAGGACCUCGCCGAGGACGAUCAUAAUACACCUGUCAAACGUGAGAUGACCGACUUCUAUGACUUAGUCCGUCAGCAGCAGCAACACCAGCAACAACAACAGCAGCAACAACAGCAGCAGCAACAGCAGCAGCAACAGCAACGGGCAGACCCCUUCGCUGCUCCCCAGCAUCCGGCUGCUGUUCGGACGCCCGACCUGAGCCGCAAGUCGCCGAUUUCUGCCCUGGGCGCCAACGGCCGCGCGUCCGUGUCGCCCGUGACCUCGAUGUCGCCCACGAGCUUCUCGCCGCUGCAGUCUCCGGUGACGCAGCUCACCGGCACUGUCAUCGGCGCCUGCCCCGAGCACAUGAGUGGCCGACCGCAGGGCGUCAGCUGCGACAAGUGCGACCUGAUCCUACAGCAGUCGCGGACGUUAGGAGGGCAGAUGGCGUUCAUGCACUCGCGCAACUCCUGCAAGACGCUCAAGUGCCCCAAGUGCAACUGGCACUACAAGUACCAGGAGACGCUGGAGAUCCACAUGAAGGAGAAGCACCCGGAGAACGAGUCCACCUGCAUCUACUGCCUGACGAACCAGCCGCACCCUCGCCUCGCCCGCGGGGAGACCUACACCUGCGGCUACAAGCCCUACCGUUGCGAGGUGUGCAACUACUCCACCACCACCAAGGGUAACCUCUCCAUCCACAUGCAGAGCGACAAGCACCUCAACAACAUGCAGGAGCUGCAGAACGGCGGCAUGCCCAACCUGGACGGCUCGCAGGCCCUCACGUCGCAGCAGCAGAGCCCCUCCGGCAGCAUCUACUCGGCGCCCAAGACGCCCACGCCCUCCACCACGCCCGCGCCGCCGCAGCAGCAGCAGAAGCCCAAGCCGAUGUGGCGCUGCGACGUGUGCAACUACGAGACCAACGUGGCGCGCAACCUUCGCAUCCACAUGACGAGCGAGAAGCACACGCACAACAUGAUGGUUCUGCAGCAGAACGUCAAGCACAUGCAGCAGCUGAGUGCCAUGCAGGGCGGCGGCGGCGGAGCCGGGGGCCAGAUGGACCCCAUGGCCCUGCUGCAGUUCGCCGGCAACCCCGCCGCGGCCGCCGCCAUGAUGGCCGGCCUGGGCGUGGGGGAGAAGCCGCCCCUGCCAGAGGCCGCCCUCGCCGACAUGGCCUACAACCAGGCGCUGUUGAUCCAGAUGAUGUCCGGCGGCCAGCUGCCUCCAGGCGGUCCCCUGGGCCCCGGUGGCCCUCUGGGGCAUGGCCAUGGCGGUCCCGUGGGCCACGGAGGACACGGGGGCGACCACCCCGGGCCGCACUUCGACCUGGGCCUGAACCCCGAGUCGCUGGAGCCGCCGCCGGAGCCCGUGCCGCCCAACCCGCGGCACGCCUUCACCUGCUGCGUUUGCUCCGUCUUCUCCACAGACUCGCUGGAGCAGCUCACGCUCCACCUGCAGCUGGACCGCUCCAAGGUCAACGAGAACGAGGUGCUGCUCGUCGUGGCCGGCAACUACAUCUGCAAGCUGUGCUCGUACAAGACCAACCUCAAGGCCAACUUCCAGCUGCACUGCAAGACGGACAAGCAUCUGCAGAAGCUGCAGCACGUCAACCACAUCCUGGAGGGCGGGCCGCGCAACGAGUGGAAGCUCAAGUACCUGUCCAACACCAACCCCAUGCACGUGCGCUGCAACCUGUGCGAGUACUAUACCAACAGCGUGCACAAGCUGCAGCUGCACGCGGCGCACCAGCGGCACGAGGUCCUCAACGUGCUGUUCCGACACCUGUGCAUGGCGGAGCAUACCAUGCACGAGGACCGCCGCCAGUACACGUGCGUGCUGUGCAGCUUCACGACCCGCGCCAAGCUCCAGCUGUUGCACCAUAUCCGCUCCAUGCGCCACCUGCAGAUGGAGCAGUUGCACCAAAUCCAGCGGCACGCGGAAGGCAAGGGCGGGACGCAGCAGGACAUCGGAGACAUCUUCAAGGUGGAGGAAUCCGACGAGGACGGCCGCCACACGCCGCACGAGGAGACCAAGGAAGAAGGUCGUUCGCCCGACCACGUGCAUGCCUGUCCCUUCUGCCACUUCACGUGCGAGCUGGAGUCUAGCCUGCAGCAGCACGUGGACAGUGAGCAUGGCGGGGAGAAGAAGGCAGGGCUGAGGUGUCCCCUGUGCGAGGAGGCGUGCCCAGACAUGCCCUCCCUCGAGAAACAUGCCAUCAAUGUUCACUCGGUCAACUCCGAGGGCCUUCAGAGGCUCAUGCUGCUGGUUAGACUUAGCGCCGCGGCGGGCAAGGAGGCCGAGGAAGAGGAUCACUCGCAGCAGCAGCACCACCACCACCACCACCAGCAGCCGCCGCCGCCGCCGCAAGCCGAACAGAUGCAUCAGGAACAGCAUCUCCGUCUGCCCGGGAAGGCGGAGGAGAGCCAGCCAUCAGGUGGAGCAGGUAAGCGAGGUGAUGAGCGGAGCGUGGGCCGGGAGCAGGAGGAGUGUGGUGUGUGUGGGCUGGCGUGCGCCUCGGUGGAGGACCUGUUGGCGCACCAGGUGGCCGUGGGACACACGCCGGUGACGGAGACGCCGCGGGGGCCAGGAUAUCUGUGCUGGAAGAAGGGUUGUAACCAGUACUUCCCUUCGGCGCAGGCGCUGCACAGUCACUUCCGGGAGAUCCAUGGCGCGGCGCCCAGGCCGUCGAUCGCCGUGUCAGAGAGGCACGUGUACAAGUACCGCUGCCAGCAGUGUUCUCUCGCCUUCAAAACAGUGGAGAAGCUGCAGCUGCAUUCUCAGUACCAUGCGAUUCGGGAUGCCACCAAAUGUCUGUUGUGUCACCGCAACUUCCGCUCGCUGACGGCUUUACAAAAACAUGUCAGCUCUGACCACCCUGAGCUUUCGGCGGCGGAACGACAUCAGUUCCAGGCAUCCAUCGUGGGGGCGCCGGUGGGCGCGGGGGCGGGGCCCGUCCUCGACCCCAGCACCACGGCGCUCCUCAGGAUGGAGUCUAAUAAGGACGACGAGCCAGAGGAACUGCCUCGUGUCGAUGAGCCUCCGCUGCCUCCGCAACAGCAGGCCAUCGAGGACUACCUCAACUCUGACACGAUGGCUCUCGAUAACUACAGCGACCCGGCGCGACGCUUCAAGUGUCACCGCUGCCGGGUCGGCUACACUCGCCAGACAUAUCUCUCGGCUCACCAAAAGACGUUGCUCCAUCGCAGGGGAGAGAAACUCACCUACCCGAUGGAGAAAUAUCUUGACCCCAACAGACCCUACAAAUGUGAUGUUUGCAAAGAGUCAUUCACGCAGAAAAACAUUCUGCUUGUACAUUACAAUUCAGUCAGUCAUUUGCAUAAGCUUAAAAAAGCCAUGCAGGACAAAGAGACCAAAGGAUCUCCCAGCGGCUAUCAGACCCAGUCUGAAGGGAGCGGCGUGGAGUCCGCCGGGGCCGCUCCCCCGGGCGACGGCUUAGCCAGCGCCUCCAGGGGUGCCGGGGGGGUGGGGGGCGGGGGUGAGGAGGAGGAGCGCAACAAGCCAUACAGGUGCCACGUGUGCCGAGUGGCGUACUCACAGCAGUCUACCCUGGACAUUCACCUGCGCUCAGUUCUCCAUCAGACGCGCGCCGCCCGACUCCCAGACUUUCUGGCCACCCACGCCCACCCAGACCCCUCGCGCCCACUAGUCGACCAUCCGCCCACACCCACCAGUACCCCGCAGCCCUCCCCCGCCCCACACCAUGACGCACACACUCCUCGCUCCCCCUCAACCCCUCAGGCUACCCCUCCAGGGGGGCAUUAUCAGGGCAUUUCCCCCUCUAAUAGCAGCAGUGGCAGCGCCCAGGGAAGCUGCGAUCGGUGUGGUGGCGUGUGGAGCACCCCAGAGCAGGGAGCGCAACAUGCAGUGUUGUGCGGGCUUAUACCCCAUCACCUGGCCUUCCUCCCGCACGCCGUCAGCACCGGUGUCAGUCAGACUGCCACCCUGGACGCUGCCUGGGCCUCCCUUUGCGGGGCCAGCGCCGCCGCCCACCUGCCCCCGACUCAGCCCCCCGACCGCUCUCUCUCUCCAUCUGAAUGUUCCAUAGAAUCUCUCUCUACCUCUAGAUUCACUGUACCUUUCAGAAAGUCUUCACGCCUACACAAGCACUUAUUAGAAAGCUUUGGCUUUGACCUAGUUGUUCAGUAUGUUGAAAAUCAACAAUCUUGUCCAUCAAAAGAACCCGAGCAGGGGACUUCUGAGGACUCUAAAGACAGAUCCAAUCCUGAUCUACCAGAACUUAGUAAAUCUAAAUGUCCUCAGUGUUCUAAACAAUUUUCUAGUGUAUGGGUUUUAAAAGCCCACUUAGAAGAAAUUCAUAAAUCAGGUGUACCUUUUGAUUACCUUAAGACCUUCUCAGAUGAGUACCGUAAAGAGUACAAUACUAGUCGGCAAUGCUCUAGCAGCGAUCCCUCUGCUCUUACAGAUGAGGAGCGAGUCCGGGACGCGGAGCUCAUCCAGGGGGGAGACAAGGGGACUUCAGAUGAGAGAGAGAAAGAGGCAGAGUCAGGCAGCAGGAGCGACGCCGCGGCCACGCCCACGCCCACCUCUCGUGCCACGCCCACACCUGGUGUCACGCCCACCUCCAUCUCUGCCGCCUCCAUCUCCCCCGCCGCUGACCAGCAGGGUAUGAAUAUGCCGUCGCAGAUGGUCGAGAUGGCCGCGGCGCUGAAUGCCCUGACUGCGGCGCAGAUGCAGCAGAUGCAGUUCAACCCCAUGAUGAUGGCAGGGCUUGGGCUGGCGGGGCUGCCCCUCCAGCUCAACCCCCUGGCGGCCAUGAACCUCCAUCCGCCCCUCAUGCCCAUGAUGCCGCACCACAUGUUUGAUCCGGGCGCCCUGGCCAACAUGCAGCAGCAGACACCACCCACUUCGCUGCCUUCUAGCCUGCCCAGUGAUGCAUCCAUGUUCCUCAAGCAGCAGCAACAGCAGCUCUUGCAGCAACAGCAAGCCGCUGCUGCCGCCGUUGCAGCACAGCAGAAGAGGGCUCGCACACGCAUCACCGACGAGCAGCUGAAAAUACUGAGAGCUCACUUCGACAUCAACAAUUCCCCGACGGAAGAGCAGAUCAACGAGAUGGCCAAGCAGAGCGGACUACCUCCCAAGGUAAUUAAACAUUGGUUCCGUAACACGCUGUUCAAAGAGCGACAACGCAGUAAAGACUCGCCCUAUAAUUUUAGCAUCCCUCCGUCCACCACACUUAACCUGGAGGAGUAUGAGAAGACAGGUGAAGCCAAGGUCAUGCCACUAAACCCGGACGAGGCACGGGAGAUUGUGGCGCUCAACAGCUCCCGUGAGGAGGACAAGAUGACCGAGCGGUUCUCCAAAGAGCAGGAAGAAUCCGCUCACGACCGCGCCGCCACCGCAUCCCCGCUCAACAAAGUUCCUAGUCUUACACAAGACAAUAGCCGAGUACAAGAAAAGAACGGGGAAGGUAUAGGCGGGUCUGGCCUCAGUGCCCAACAUCAUCAGUUACGGGAGCAGCAACAGCUGCGAGAGCAACAGCAACUACGAGAGCAGCAACGGGAGCGGGAACAGCAGCAGCAACGGGAGAGGGAGAGGGAGCAGCAGCAGCAACGGGAGCCACCCUUGUCACAACCCCUGCUGCCCCCGCAGCCCCAGCAGCAGCCACUAGGCAGUGGACCCCAGCUGGUGUCCUCGGCUUCCUCGUCGCCGCUGGGCCUGCCGGUGACCUCGUCGUUCAGCUCUCUGGCCUCACCACAGACGUCACUCUCGCUCAGCUCACUCAUUACCUCCCAGCUCGAGUCUAACCCCAUGCUGGCUCACAAGCUGCCUCACACACCACCCACAGUUCCUAGUUCUGGCCUUAUUCCUCCGAGCUCAGGUGUGAGCCCCACGCCUCCGCAUUUGUCCUUCCCGUCAGCCCCCCAGACUCCCACCUCUUCCGGCACUGGCAAGCGAGCUAACCGCACCCGCUUCACUGACUACCAGAUUAAGGUGCUACAGGAGUUCUUCGAGAACAACGCCUAUCCCAAGGAUGACGAUCUGGAGUAUUUGUCCAAGCUGCUCAGCCUGUCACCUCGCGUCAUUGUGGUGUGGUUCCAAAACGCCCGACAGAAGGCACGCAAGGUCUACGAGAACCAGCCACCCCUUGACCCUAAUGACGAAGGUGCAGGUAGGUUCACCCGGACGCCGGGCCUAAAUUACCAGUGUAAGAAGUGCUUGCUUGUCUUCCAGAGGUAUUAUGAGUUAAUCAGACACCAGAAGACUCACUGCUUCAAGGAAGAAGACGCCAAGCGAUCCGCUCAGGCGCAAGCAGCAGCGGCCCAGGCGGCAGCUAUGUACAGCGAUGAGAACUCUAAUCACUCAAGCAUCACAGAAUCGUCACAGCAGUCAGGUAGCCUCGAUAAUAAACCUUCAGAAGGAUCUUUCCAGUGUGAUAAGUGCAGUCUGAUAUUUAACAGAUUCGAGCAGUGGCGUGAGCACCAAAUAGUUCACCUCAUGAACCCUGCACUGUUCCUGAACAAAGGUGCAGAUUCCCCAUUCACCAGCAUACAGCAACAGCAGCAGAGUCAGACAUCGCAGCAGCACCAGCUUCCCUCAGGUGCUCCCCUUCCCAUACCACAGGCUAGUCCCCUGCCCCAGCCCAGUCCCCUAUUGCCACCAGCUUCCCCUCUGAAGCGCAAAGCUGAAGAGAGUGAGGAUGAGAGGGAUGGCAUGACAAGCAACAACGAGGGGCAGAGGGAUAAGAGACUCCGCACUACCAUCCUACCAGAGCAGCUGGACUACCUCUACCAGAAGUACCAGAUGGAAGCCAACCCGUCGCGGAAGAUGUUAGAGACCAUCGCUCAAGAAGUUGGUCUGAAGAAGAGGGUCGUCCAAGUUUGGUUCCAGAACACACGAGCACGCGAGAGAAAAGGUCAGUUUAGAGCUCAUGCACAAGUGAUUAAUAAAAAAUGCCCCUUCUGUCCUGCUAUCUUUAAAGUCAAGUCUGCUCUUGAAUCGCACCUUUCCACUAAGCACGCGGAUCAGUACUCUAAGGGAGAUGUGGACAUUGAUGCACUGCCUGAUGUAGAAGAUUCUGGUGUUGGGAACUUCGGCCUGUCUUCAACUCCUUCGGCAACUCAAGCCUCUCAAGUCAUGCCCUCUUCUCUCUUCUCCUCAGAAGUUCCGGAAGACUCGAUAGCCAUGUACCACGAGGAGGCAAUCCGGCGGUACCUCAACGAUGUCAACUUGGCAUCAGACGGUACACGACGGGAAGGUGAGAGCCCGCUAGAUCUCAGUAAGCCAUUAGACCUGGUUCGGCCGUUAGGGUUUGAUUCCUCCAUGUUAGACACUAACGAGCACCUUGAGGAGCAUUCAGAUGAAGAGACUUACAAUCUGGAUAUAUGUGAACAAGAGGAGGGUGACAUGGCGGUCAAUUCUCAUGAAAGUAACCCUACCUCUCCCGCCUCCUCCACCACCAGCUCUGCCAACAAGGUGGGAUCUCACCAGAGCAGCACCAACAAGAGGUUCCGCACACAGAUGUCAUCAAUCCAGGUGAAGGUCAUGAAAAGUGUGUUCCAGGAGUAUAAAACGCCAACGAUGGCGGAGUGUGAGUUGCUAGGGAGGGAGAUUGGGCUAGCCAAGCGUGUGGUGCAGGUGUGGUUCCAGAAUGCGCGGGCAAAGGAAAAGAAAGCGAAGCUGGCUCUGCAGAAGAUGCUCGGCACAGAGCCCGAGGGACCUAAACCGCCUGAGGAGUGCAAAGUGUGUAACUUUAAAUACAGUCACAAGUACUCUGUUCAGGACCACUUGUUUACGCGUUCACAUAUCGAAAACAUGAAAUCGUUCCUGGAGAAGGCGAAGGAGGAGAGCGACGUGGCCGGCCUGAGCUCUACUCUGAGCUCCAUGUCAUCCGACGGCGACCGGCCGCCCGCGGCUCUCACGCCCGUGGCCGGCCUCGCUCACCAGCUGCAGAUGGCUCAGCUCAUGGCUCUGGGCUCGCCGCCAGCUGGUGCAGGGACCCCUGCCGGUGAGGACAAGAAGGGCGGCCCAGGCGGAAGCAGCAACAGCGAGGACCUGAGUCGCCUGCAACUCCUGCAGCAGAUGUACCAGCAGAUGGGUCUCGGGGGGCUGCAAGGGGCGCCGCACCCACUCCUUCAGCACGCCAUGAUGGCCGGCGCCGGUGAGUAGCGGUCCCCCUCCCUCCAUCACUGUCCGCACCCGCUCGCCCGUCCCGCCCGCACACCACCCAGCGCCGCCCGCACGCUCCCCCCGCCCUCCCCCGCCCGCCUCGGCCAGGCUUGCCCCGGGGACCCAGCUGCACACCUGCCCUCGCGCUCACUCACCCGGGCGAGGGUCCGGUUCCCGCACCCGAGGAGGAGUGAGGUGAGGCAGGGGCGGGGCACGCCUGGCCGCGGGGGGCGUCAGUGUACUUGGCCCUGUCACGCUUUUCCCCUCCCUGGCGGGCUCACGCUUGCAGGAGCUGCUGCUGGCUGGCCCCACCCACCCUGUGUUCACUCUCGCUUGUCCGGACCCGCUCUGUGAACUCCUGUGUCUGUGUCAAGUCCGAAGUCGUGUCCGCGGGUCGGGACGUGGACGUCAUACCCGAUUGUGGAAAGACUAAGACUGUUGCUUAAUGUGUUGAUGUUUACUGAUGGCAUUUUUGCAAAGUUACGAAAGUUCCAGAUAUCAGGCCUUACUCUAAGUUUGAGGCCUUAAAAGCUUCACUAGAGCUGGUUUUAUGUAAUUUUUGUGUAAUCCUCUAGUGCUCUAGGACUCUAGAACUGCGUCACGUUACUGGUAGAUCAUAGAGUAUAAAGCCUAUUAAUGGUGAAACACUGUAAUACCUCGCAUCAAAGCAUAUGGAUUGAAUGUAAUCUUUAACAAAAAAAGAAGAAAGAUUUGUCAUGCACCAGAAUUACGCUGUAUACUAACUUGCUAGUUAAUGUUCCUACCACUUUUUACGAUAAUCACGUAAUGAAUGUUUCAGAACGUAUAACUAUUAUUUUCAUUGAUUUAGCAUAUUAUUAUUAUUAUUAUUAUAAAUCCCCUCCCCUCAAAACAAUCAGUAGCAGAUUUCUUUCAAAGAAGAAUCGGUUACUUAACUACAGUUGAUAUCAAAAAGAAGACUGUAAAAAAAAAAAUAUAAGGUAAAAAAUUAUUAGCUUUUACAUUAGUACAGCUUUUAGAAAUGGUAUUUAGGCUAUAGCUUGCUGCCUCCUUUCCCGAUUAAGCCGCAAGUAACCCGCGCCUCACCCGGCCUCGAUUCCCAGUUGCCACUUCAGGGCUCUCCUCAACUUCGACAGCCACCAGCUAUCCACAAACUAAAUUUUUUUAGAGUACAAGUUAUGUAUAUGUAUGUCUGUGCAUAUAUAUACACAUGUAUAAUUCCAUAUGGAUAUAUAUAUGUAUAUAUAUAUAUGUAUAUAUAUAUAAUAUGUAUAUAUAUAAUAUGUAUAUAUAUAUAUAUAUAUAUAUAUAUAUAUAUAUAUAUAUGAGAUAUGAUAUGUGUAUAUCCACAAGUUGAGUGAUACUAUUUUCUCCCUUGAUUAGUGACUGUGAAUAUGGGCCAACGAGGUGUAGAAAUCUCUUUGUAUCUACCACAAGUAACAGGUUCCUGAGAACAUAAAGCCGAUAAUCACGAGUGAAUUCAUACAAAGCUUGACCAUAGAUUCCUCACCAGUCUUCCACAUCCAGCCGACCCAACUAAAGGUGUAAAAGAGUUUUCAAAAAGCAUUUUUUGGAGACCGCUAAUACCUAACUAAAUAUAAACAGAUAAUAAUAACCGGAUCCAAGUAUAAUACAUUCUGUACAUUCAAAACAAAAUCGCAGUCGUAUCACUGAAACUGAUGAAAAAAAAUACAAAACUAAAAAAAACAAGCAUUCUGGAUCCUGCAGUAGUAGUAAAAUACAAACAGCAACUUAAAAAAAAAAGGCGUUUGAUGUUACCCAAAACUACUGUAUGUAACGUACAUUUAACUCCAAGAGAAAAAAAAGUUUCCUUGGCUGUCAAAUGUGAAGUUGUGAAUACUGGGUUGUAGUGUCCGUUAAUCCCCCCCCCCCCCCCCAGUCCCUCUUUUUAAGGUAUGUCGUUAAAUGGUACGGUUUUGGUGUUCUGUAACGAGGCACACAAGUGUUGGCAUGUAUGUAAGCAGCCCUCAUGAGAAGACGAUUGAGUCCUUAAACCGCACAGUCGCUAGGGAACCCGUCUCUCAAGGCUCAUGCGGUAUCGCUGACUUAUGAGACUUCAUCACGUAAGGUUUCAGAAGAAUAUAUAUAUACUUAUAUAUAUGUAAUCAGUCAUCACCUGCAAAUAAUGUAAUUCAGAAAAUGAAGCUCGCACCCACGAAGCUCUCGUUUGUUUGUUUGUUUCCACGCGCGGACCAAACGUACAUUACAACCCGGCCACUGAAGCUCCCCCGUACUCUACCUCGCACAUAUUUUGCCGAACGAAGCAACAAGUCACGAAGAGAGAUUGAGAGCCCUCACUCUAGUGCCGCCCGUGAAACCCAUAGUUUCAUUUUUUUUUUUUUUUAUUGUUUUUUUUUUUUAGUUUUUUUUUUCAUCUCGAUAAGGGUAAGUAAAACCAGCCAUACAUCGGCCUGGUUUUAGGGCUGGCUCAGGGCAGGCUCCUCUAGUGGCUGCAAGAUUAUGUGGCCAAAUUAACAACUUUGAGCCUUAUGUACUCUUGCUGACGCGGUGUGCCUUUCCAUUGCACUUGAGGGAAAUGACACCGCUCCCCCCCUCCCCCCCUACCACCCGGCUCAGCUCGCGCCAGGUUCGGGAUUCAACAUCACAAAGAAAAUAAGAGGAAUAGCUUUUGACGAAGGUCUAAAUUGUUAACUUUGCCACAUGUAAUUGUACGUGUAAGUGUGUUUGUAUGUUUGUAUUAUUCCUACGUCUAUCACACAGUUCCACAGGGCCUCCGCAUGCGUGGCCCUCGACUUCAAUGUUGUCCCUUGCAGACCACACUGAUAUCAAUCUUGCAGUAUACCGGGUGACAUCAUUUCCAUUCUCUACUAGAUAGGUUUUCGCUCGGCGUGUCCAAAGCUAGUGAAAGACUUUUGUUUUAAGAGUACUACACGAGCUGGUUUGCUUUCAGGUUGAUUUCUUGAACUCACAAGUAUUUGGCUGUUUUAUUUUUAUAUCACCUUUUGCGGUUUAAAACCGAUGUGUGGAUUUUUUGGUGCUUGAGAAAUACGAUAUAAGAAAUCCAUACUGACUCACAGCUUAGGAGUUGGGGUGUUUCGCCAGUUUCGGACACGACGGAGCGGAAUUCGGCAUUAGUUAAGUAAAUUAUUAGGUUUCAAGGGUCUUCAACAACGGCCGUUCUGCCGCUCCUUCGCGAGUAGGGGAACAAGAAGGUUCAAUUGUGAGUCCUUGGAACGAGUGUGUUCCUUCAGUCGCAGUUCUAAAUAAGACACUUGUUUGUUUUUGUUUCUUCUGUUGAGUGUAGGACAGUGAUGAUAAGUUUACUUGUUAGGCCUCGACCACGGCACCUGUGUAAUGUCAUAGACCACUUUAUUUCCCUGUUAAAAACAAAAGAUUUGUGUUGGGUCGGUGAUUUUUGCAAACUGGAGUUGACUAUAUCAUGAAACAACGGUUCCUCGCUUUUUUUUUCUUUUGGAAAUUAUUUAUAUAACUGAAAUGAAUCGCAAAGUUCCUAUUUGAAUGUGAAUAUUUGAAAUACUAUUAGUACUGAUAUAGUAAUAAUAAAGUUCUCGUACAUAACCUAUCGUAAAGCUAGCGUCUGGAUUUCGCAAAGGCGACGACUGUCUCUAUUAUUGCCGUACACGUCAGUGUCCCUUAUAUUUUUACAUUAAUAAUAAUUGUUGUAAUGAUUUUAUCGACCACAUCAGUAUGACUUUGUCCACUUUAAAAAAGCUGAUGGUGUUACUAAGCUUUUGGUAUUUAUAUGUGUUAUAUAUUAUGUUGUAUAUACGGAUGGGAUUUUUCUCUGCAGGAAAAUGCCAUUGUGUUAUGUUGUACAUUAUCAUUAUUAUAAUUAUUAUAAUUAUUAUUAUCAUUAUUUUUAUGACCACACCUUUAUAAUCUAAGUCUGAAUGUCUGUUGUCCUUAUUGUACAGACCUUAAGAUAACCAAACCGGUCAAACCUUUCUCCUUUGUUGUACAUUACCAUCUUUUAUUUCCAGUGUCAUCUGUUUCCUUAUUUGUAUAUUCAUUCAUAUAUAAUUUAGUUAAAAGAGAAACAGUUGUGUUUUGUUGUAUAUUACUGAGUUAGAAAGUUAUGAUUAUUUCCUGUACGUAUGUGGGAAACUAGUGAUAAAAUAAAACCUCGAAAACAAA